AUUUUGUUCUCAUGUGCUGCCAGCACUGCCAAUAACUACAUUAUUCGUUGUUUUUGAGCAAGUCAGUGCACACCUAGUCCAGACCGAAGGAACGGAAUCGAGAAAGUCCUGCGCUGCUCGACCCCGUGCCCCAUUUCAUUUUCUCAGACUAGACCAAGUACCAGGAAGGAAAAGGAUCAAACAUGAGUUCUGACGCUAAUUCGGGCCAGGACAGCCCGCAACAGGAGCAACAACGACCUGCUGGAAAUCCCUUGAACUGGAACGGAUUCGUCGAGCACAUCAAAUCCCACAAGCUUGAUUUUGCUUUAUGGUGCACACGAGUUGGCACCAUUUUCUUCACGUUGAUGUAUUUCAUUCCGCUCACUGGGAACGCGUACAACUCUUAUUACAAAGCUCUAAUGGCGAAUGCAGCCACAAGUGCCCUGCGUCUGCACCUCCGACUACCGCAAGUGCAGCUCUCGCAGCAGUUUUUCGCGCAGCUCAUCGCUGAGGACAGCUGCCACUACCUCUUUUUCUCGCUCAUCUUCCUCUACGUCUCGCCUGUGGCCCUUGUGCUGCUGCCUGUCUUUUUGUUCGCACUUCUGCAUUCUGCUAGCUACUCGCUGACUCUUCUUGAUCAACUUGGUCAGAACUCGUGGUGGGGCGCUAGGAUGCUUAUUUCUUUGGUUGAGUUCCAGUCGGUUAACAUCUUGCGAAUGGUGGCUUUCACCGAAAUUUUCCUCAUGCCAUUCGUUAUCAUCAUGAUUUUCUUGGGAAAGGCUGGACUUCUAACUCCCCUCAUCUACUACAACUUCCUCACGCUCCGUUACGCAUCAAGACGCAAUCCAUACACAAGAAACAUGUUCCACGAAAUCAGAGUGCACCUGGAAGCCACUGCCAACAAGCCCAGCUUCCCAGCAUUCCUCAAGGGCCCGGUGCAAAACGGUAUCGCCUUGGUCAGCCGAUUGGCCCCCAGAAUGAUGGAAGCUCAGGCCCAAAACUAACGUAUCCACAAGACUCUCCACUACUUGUAAAUGCACAUUCCACUUUUUACAGUCCACAUCAGAACAGAACCCGUCGUAAGGGAGUAUUUUCAAUGUUUUGGACGUGUCCGUACAAAAUUAAGUGUUUUGCCGAUUUGGUAGAACUUGUUGCUAUUUAUUUAUUUCCUGCGAUUUAACGUGCGUGCUUUUAAUCAAGUUCAGUUGUUGGUACUUUUGCUUGUUUUAUAACAUCUGGUCAAACUUUUGAGCAGUCCUCAGUCUAUUAUUUGAAUUAAGAAGCUUUUAAAUCGACCACAAGACUUUAACAGCUAGCUGCAGCCGUCUUUCAAAUUUUGGAGCCUUUAAAUAUUUCGGCUGACACACCUCUGCCUUAAUACUCCUGCAGGGAUGGAUACUGACUCAAAAAACUAAGCAUUGUUGGAUUGUCAUCACAGAAAAUUUAAGUUCCCAUCAUGUUUUCGAUAGAAUAGAUCAACUGUUGUUCUCUUGAUUGUGUACUGCAUCAAAAUGUUGUUUGUCCAAUUGUAUUCUUUUGUAUUAAUAAAAUUGACCAAAAUACAAAUA